GACAGGUACAAUAAAAUGAAAUCUUCGUACGCGUUUCAGACCAAGACACCUGAGUGCUUGGCUGAUUCUGUGCCAGCAGAAUGCAUGUGCCGAGGGCUCGAGAUUGUCUGCGAUGGUGCCAAAUUACGUGCUGUCCCUUCUGUCUCUUCAAAUAUAACCAUGAUGUCUCUACAGUGGAAUCUGCUAAGGAAACUUUCUGCUGAUAUUUUCAGGAAGUACCAAGAUCUUCAAAAUCUGUAUCUUCAGAAUAAUAAAAUUAGAGCUGUAUCUGAACAUGCUUUCAGAGGUUUAUACAAUUUGACAAAACUGUAUCUGAGUCACAACAAGAUAACCAGUUUGAAGGCUGGUGUUUUUGAAGAUCUCCAUAAGCUAGAAUGGCUGAUAAUUGAAAAUAAUAGGAUCAAUCGGAUCUCUCCGCUAACAUUUUACGGACUCAGAUCACUUAUUCUUCUAGUGAUGAUGAAUAAUUCUCUUGCUCGUUUGCCCAAUAAACCUCUGUGCCAAUACAUGCCGAGACUAAACUGGCUGGAUCUUGAAGGCAACCAUAUCCAUUAUUUAAGAAACGUCACUUUUAUCUCCUGCAACACUCUAACUGUACUGGUGAUGAGACGAAAUAAAAUCAUCUCCUUAAAUGAAAACAGCUUUUCUUCUCUCCAGAUGUUAGAUGAAUUAGACCUGGCUGGCAACAGGAUUGAAUCACUUCCUCCAUAUGUAUUUAAGGAUCUAAAGGAGCUUUCACAACUGAACCUUUCUUAUAAUCCAAUCAAGAAAAUACAAAUGGACCAGUUUGAUUUUCUAAUUAAACUCAAAUCUCUCAGCUUAGAGGGUAUUGAAAUUGGAAACAUUCAGAGAAGAAUGUUCAGACCCCUUAGAAACCUUUCCCAUAUAUAUUUUAAGAAAUUCCAGUACUGUGGAUAUGCCCCUCACGUACGCAGCUGUAAGCCUAAUACUGAUGGGAUUUCAUCCCUUGAGAAUCUUUUAGCUAGCAUUAUACAGAGAGUGUUUGUCUGGGUUGUGUCUGCCAUCACUUGCUUUGGAAAUAUUUUUGUUAUCUGUAUGAGGCCUUACAUCAGAUCGGAGAAUAAGCUCCACGCCAUCUCAAUAAUGUCCCUCUGCUGUGCUGACUGUCUGAUGGGAAUAUAUUUAUUUGUGAUUGGAGCUUUUGAUCUUAAAUACCGUGGAGAAUACAACAAGCACGCUCAGUUAUGGAUGGACAGUAUUCAUUGUCAGUUGGUGGGAUCGCUGGCUAUUCUGUCUACAGAGGUGUCAGUUUUACUGUUGACUUACCUGACUCUGGAAAAAUACAUCUGCAUAGUUUAUCCUUUUAGGUUUUUGAAGCCCAGAAAAUGCAGGACAAUUUCCAUUUUGGUUCUUAUUUGGAUAAUUGGGUUUGCUGUUGCUUUUAUUCCACUGAGCAAUAAGGAAUUUUUCAGGAACUACUAUGGCACCAAUGGUGUCUGUUUUCCUCUUCACUCAGAACAAUCAGAAAGUUCAGGAAGUCAGAUUUAUUCUGUUGUCAUUUUUUUAGGUGUAAAUUUGGCAGCUUUUAUCAUCAUUGUGUUUUCCUAUGGAAGUAUGUUCUACAGUGUUCACCAGACAGCUAUUACGGCUACUGAAAUUCGGAAUCAUAUUAAAAAAGAAAUGACCCUUGCUAAACGUUUUUUCUUCAUUGUAUUUACUGAUGCACUGUGCUGGAUACCCAUUUUUAUUUUGAAACUGCUUUCUUUACUUCAAGUAGAAAUACCAGGUACCAUAACUUCUUGGGUGGUGAUUUUUAUAUUGCCAAUAAAUAGUGCUUUGAAUCCUCUUCUCUACACUCUGACUACACGACCAUUCAAAGAAAUGAUUCAUCAGGUCUGGUAUAAUUACAGACAAAGAAGAUCCAAAGGAGGCAAGGGCAGUCAGAAAACAUAUGGUCCAUCAUUCAUUUGGGUAGAGAUGUGGCCAAUGCAUGAAAUCACACCAAAGCUAUCAAAGCCUAUUCUUUGUACAGACUCCUCUGAAACAUCAGCAACUACACAGUCAACCAGACUAAAUUCGUACACAUAAAUACAUCUUGAACCUUCAAGGUGACAUCUGCACUGUUAGCUUCACAUACGUGGAUUUACUGCUUUACAGCGAUAAGAAAAACAAGGGGAACACAGCGAUCCACCAGAACCAGAAGUCAAAGAAAGAAGAUGAUAGAUCAGUGUGCCUACUUGCAGGUAAAACUGGUAUGAAAAUAAUUUUCCCAUCUUGCAACAGUUCUGACGUUUUGACAGCUUGUCCUUGAUCAGGAUAAAAAGUCAGUCUUUUUUUUCCCCUCCUUCCUCCUCUCCAAGAGCAUUUAGUGUGAGACUGACAAAUAGAGGACUGUCAGUCUUCAUAGGUGUCAUGGCAUCUAAAUUUUAAUCACCU